AUAUGGAAAGCAUAUGACAAAGUCGUCCGAGCACAAGAUUGUGAGCAGAUGAGAACGUGUCGCAUGAUAGUUCACCAACUCUUCCUCUCUGACGCCUUCAAGAGAAGAUGAAAAUCCACAUCCCCUCUGCUCUCCUAUAAACACAGCACAACUCAUCAGCACAAACAAGACGCAGAAAAGAAAGGGAAAAGAAGAAGAAUCCAACAAAGCAAAAGAAAAUGGAGAGGGAAGAGGCGAAUGCAAACAUGGCCGAGAUCGACAAGCCGGCGGUUUGCGUCCUCGAUGCGUCGACUUACGUGGGGUUUUGGAUCCUCCAAGGCUUGCUGAGCAAAGGGUACAGUGUCCAUGCUGCAAUUCAGAAGAAUGGAGAGACAGAGAUAGUGGAGAAGAUCAGGGACAUGGAGUUGAUCGAAGAGAGAUUGGUGGUCUACAGUGUGGAAGCGCUGGAUUACAGAAGCAUUCUCGAAGCAUUGAAGGGGUGCUCUGCUCUGUUCUGCUGCUUGGACAGCUCGGAUGGCUAUGACGACGAGAAAAAUGCGGAUUUGGAGGUGCGAGGAGCGAUCAACGUGGUGGAGGCGUGCGCGCAGACCGACAGCAUCGACAAGGUCGUCUUCAGCUCCUCCCUCACGGCGGCCAUAUGGAAGGACGACAUCUCGUCCCAGGUAGACGUGGACGAGAGGUCCUGGAGCGACCCGGACUUCUGCAGGAAAUUGAAGCUGUGGCACGCACUGUCGAAGACGCUGUCGGAGCAAGCGGCAUGGGCGCUGGCCAUGGACCGGAUGCUCAACAUGGUCUCCAUCAACAGCGGUCUCGUCCUCGGCCCCGCCGUGGCUCAGCAGAAUCCCAAAUCGACAUUGGCUUAUCUCAAAGGGGCUUCCCAAAUGUACGAAAGCGGCGUCCUCGCAUCCGUCGACACUAAUUUCCUGGCUGACGUUCACAUCCGGGCGCUCGAGGACCCCUCGACGCGGGGCAGGUACUUCUGCUUCAACCAGGCGGUCAACACUGAAGAAUUGGCCGCGAAGGUUGCGCAGCGGCUCAGCCCUCUCAUAUCCCUGCCUCCGAGGUACGAGCAAGGCAGCGAGGCGUUUGCCGAGAGGCUGAGGACCAAGAAGCUGGACAAACUGGUCGAAGGAACUGCCUAUUGAUGAGGGGGAUGAAGAUGCCCCUCCCCCCCUUUUCUCCAUUGUUUUCUGGUCUCUCUGCCUUAGAAUGUCAAAGGACAUGUGUUCGUGGUCCCAUUUUCAGUUGCGUUUACGGUUUCACUUUCAUGGUGAUGGUGGUGGCGAUUGCAUUCCAAAAGAAUAAAAGCAAUGAACACGAAAAAGACAUUACAAUCUCA